ACAUGCCAACUUCAAGCGUAUUUGUUACGCUGAUCAUGGCAGUGGGGAAACCACAUCAGUAAUAGAAAGCUUGAUAUCAGUAUUCACGGGAACGCUAGACGAUGAAUCCUGAUUUCCCUAGCGAUCAUCCAAGGAACAUCAUCCCAGAAUUAUGUCGCCUCUACUACAGCCAAGGAUGGAUGCCGGGUUCCGGUGGUAGUCUCAGCAUUAAAUAUGGACAGGAAGUUUAUAUAACACCUUCGGGGGUUCAAAAGGAACGUAUUCAGCCCGAAGACCUGUUUGUCCAGACGGUCGACGGAGAGGACAUAUCCGUUCCACAGACUACCAAGGGCCUGAGGAAAUCACAGUGUUCCCCUGUCUUUUUGAAUAUAUAUAGACUCAAAGCUCCAGGAGCAGUUUUCCAUUUACAUUCGAAGUCAGCAGUUCUCGCAACAUUACUAACUAAAGAAAACACCGUUCAUCUCUCCAACCUUCAAAUGAUCAAAGGAAUUCGUAAAUGGUCAACAGGAGGAUACCACAAAUUCACAGACGAUGUUGUCAUUCCUGUCAUUGACAACACACACACAGAAGAUGGACUUAUUGAUGGAAUGGUGAAAGCUAUGAAUGACUACCCAGACACAUGCGCAGUCCUAGUCCGCGGUCACGGGAUCUAUGCUUGGGGACAAACGUGGGAACAAACGAAACUAAUAUGCGAAUCUUACGAUUACCUGUUUGACAUAAUGUUACAACUGAGGGCUGCUGGAGUCCGAGAAAUCCUCUGAGGGUUCCGGAGUCCGAGGGAUCAACUAAAGUGUUCCGUAGUCAGGAAGAUCAAUUGGGGGGUUCCGGAGUCCGCGGUAUUAAUUUAAGUGUUCCAGAAUUCGGGAAACAAAUUAGGGGAGCGCAGGAGAUCCUACGAUGUCUGGGAAAUCAAUUGCAAUGUUCUUGGUUCCAAAGAGAGGGACGCCUGAAGGGUACCAAAGCACGGAAGACCGACUAAGGCGGCUUUACACCCAACCUAGUCAACACUUUAUCUCCUUUUGGAAUUAACUAGCAUGCGCAGUUGCCUCCCUUUAAUUGUGAUUACCAUGUUAUGAAAGAGUUCUCCCGAAAUUUAACUCACAAGGCAAUUUAUGGUAGUAUAUAAAGCCAAAUAUUCUUUCAUCUUUCGCAUUUGAAGGUUUACACGUGUUUUGUAAUCAGUCAGAUAGGAACCAAACCUUUUAAUGAAAAAGAAGUAAACAUGCUUAUACUGAAUCGUUCAUAUGAAAUCUAUAAAACGAGAUUUAAGCCAGCAUUUGGCGAAGUAAAGUGAUAAUUUGUGGCAAGUUUCAUGAAUUUUAUAUGAAAUGGAUUGAUUUCAAUACCCCUUUUAUCAAAAGAUGAAGAUGUUUUUUGUAAAUUUUGUUUUUAAAAAGUUGCUUUGAAUGUCAUUCUUGAUGUCUGAAAUUCAGGCAUCAAGGCUUAACAUUUUUAGUCGUCCCAGCUGUAGCAUCAUUAUUGUAUACGGCACAUUUAUGAUGUCGUCUCAGCAUUAUAUUAUUGAAUCAUUAAUCAUUUCAUAUACGUGACACAGAAAAUUGUUAUAGUCAUCGAUAUAUUUCAGGAAACGGUAUAAAUAUGUAAUACAGAUAUCGAAAUGGUAACAUUUUGUACGCUUUGUUCGGUACUUGGCGCUGAAUGAAAAUAUUUUGGCAUGUAUUGUUCUAUUUUCUUUUUACCUAUAUGCAGAUAAUGAAAUGGCAUUGCAUCAGAAAUAAAUGUGAUACAAAUGUAAUAG